AUGGCGGUCAGAGACGGAGAACACUUCGACUUCAUUGUUGUUGGCGGUGGUACUGCUGGCAACUGUGUAGCUGGUCGCCUGGCUGAGAAUCCCAAGGUCCGCAUCUUGGUGAUUGAGGCAGGUGUUGGCAAUCCACAAGACCAUCCCGAGAUCACCACGCCCGCCAAUGCCAUGAAUUUGCGUAACAGUGCUCACGACUGGUCCUACAAAAGCACCCUAGUGAAGCGUGAGGAUUACGAGCGCAUCGAAAAACCCAAUACGCGAGGCAAGGCCCUCGGUGGGAGUUCAUCGUUGAACUAUUUCACUUGGGUGCCUGGCUGCAAGCCGACUUUUGAUCGAUGGGCCGAAUACGGCGGCAAAGAAUGGACCUGGGAUCCUCUUGUCCACUAUCUACGCAAGAGCGCCACCUAUCAUGAUGAUCCCAAGCUGUACCUCCCGCAGCUGAAGAAGAUUGGGGGCGGAGGGCCUAUCCACAUAUCUCAUGCUGAGCUCAUUGAGGAGAUGGCCCCGUUCCGCGACAACCUCCAGAAAGCCUGGAUUUCCCGCGGCCUACCCAUUACAGAAAACAUCUACGAUGGCGAGAUGAAUGGCCUUUAUCACUGUGUUGAUACGAUCUAUAAGGGGGUGCGGUCUGCGAGUUGGGUCUUCUUGAAGGACAAGCCAAACAUUACGAUUCUGGCCGAGACACAUGCGAAGAAGCUGCUCAUCAAUUAUGCUGACCGCAUCUGCCGUGGUGUGCGGGUCAUGACGCCCGACGGCAAAGACCUCAACGUCUUUGCAGACCGCGAAGUCGUCCUUUCCGAGGGCGUCUUUGAGAGCCCAAAGCUGUUGAUGCUGAGUGGUAUUGGUCCUGCCCGCGAGCUCGCAAAGUUCAAUAUCGAUGUGGUUGUCGACUCCCGUCAUGUCGGGCAGAACCUCGUCGACCAUCCGGCUGUCCCGUUUGUGCUGCGCGUGAAGGAGGGCAUCGGCAUGGAUUCGGCUGUUCUUCGAAAGGGCGCCGAGAAUGAGAAGCUGCAAGCCAAGUAUAACAAGGACCAUUCGGGACCUAUGGGGUCGGGAUUCCUGGAAAUGGUGGCAUUCCCUCGGAUUGAUGACUAUCUGGAGAAGGAUGAGGCAUACCGCAGCGCCAAGGAGGCCAAUGGUGGACUUGAUCCCUUUUCGCCAGAGGGUCAGCCGCACUUUGAGCUUGACUUUGUGUGUCUCUGGGGCAGCGCGUUCCAGUGGCAUUUCCCGUUCCCCAGAGAGGGGGAACACACUACCGUCGUCGUGGACCUGGUCCGUCCAAUUUCAGAUCCCGGUGAGGUGACUUUAAGGAGUGCAGACGCUCUUGAGCAACCCGGUAUUAACCUGAAUUUCUUUGCUAAUGACCUUGACAUCAUUGCGAUGAGGGAGGGGAUUCGUUUCAGUUAUGAUGUGUUAACCAAGGGUGAGGGCUUCAAAGACCUGGUUAUUGCGGAAUCGCCGUGGGAGAUGCCCCUUGGCUCUGACGAGGAGAUGAAGCGCGCUGUCUUAGAUCGUUGCCAAACCGCUUUCCAUCCGGUAGGAACUGCGCGACUGAGCAAGAGUAUCGACCAGGGAGUGGUUGAUCCUUCGCUCAAGGUCCACGGGGUGAGGAACCUCCGCGUGAUUGACGCUUCUGUCAUGCCGGUGAUUCCAGAUUGCCGGAUUCAAAACUCUGUGUACAUGGUGGCUGAGAAGGGAGCCGACAUGAUUAAAGCUGAGCAUAGGGAUAUCUACUAG